CCUGUCGUUCCUGUCGUAGCAUUACACCAUGCGCGUUCUUACCACCACGAAUUACCAUAUGACAGCGGGCUCUGGGCAAGAAUCUGAGGAUGACAGUACAAAAGAAUCAAUGCCAGAGUUGUGAUCUUAGUCCCGCACUCAUUCCUCGUGAAGACAGCAUUUGUGGACUUGCAACAGGACUAGCUAGACUUCUGCCGCCUUCUUAUGCUCCGAUUCAAUUGUCCUCUAAUUUUUCCAAAUCACCUAUGCAAUAUUCAAUUUGCGAUGGCUUCAUGUUACACGUGACCGACUAG